UAUACAUCUCAUGAGCAUGUUUCUUUAAAACAGUAAAUAGGAGCGCAGAAAAAUGGGAAGCUCAACCUCUAAGCCGGCGCGCAAGCUGGGGUUGACAGCAACGACCACGCAGCUUCCGCGCUCGACGGCGGUACGAUCUUCUCGUCCUCCUUCUACGACAGCCGCAGGAGGUGCGACUAUUGCUAAAGGCGCCGGGAAAGCUUCAAUUGCUGCUGUUACAGAGGCUGGAAAAUAUACUACCUCACCGUCUGAGCUGGCAACUGCAGUCUGCACAGCAGAGAAAACGCCGCUAGAAGGCGCUCCUCCCGUGCAAGCGGUGGCGAGCGCAGAACAUGAAAUUGGAAGAGGCAGUCGAGGAGCCCAGCAGCAGCAGGGCUUUGACAUGCACAGCUUGGCUCGAUCGAGGAGUGCUCGCGCAGCGGUACAAGGGCAGGCGAGCGAACAAAAGAACCAGGACAUUCUCGAGGAUGGGCGAGAUCCUCAAUUAAUGCGGAAUCUGGCAUCAUUAGGCCCUGUACAUGUGCCGCGAAAUCGCCUUAACUUCCGUCGAUCGGACCAAAUGCUCGGUAUCCUCGCGGCGCGUCAACGCGAAUCAGCUUUCGAAUAUCCCUUUCCUUCGAGCCCCGCCGCCGCACAACACGCCGUGGCGCCAUCUUCAUCGCCGUUAACAUCGAGUGACCGCAUGUCAACAUCUACGCUUGCCUUGUUGCUGGACGCGCGCAAGGACUGCCGCAGCCGCGCAGAAGUCGAGCGCCUCGCCGUGGAGUUUGACGUGAACAUAGAGCUGCUCGACAAGCUUGCGCGGCGCUUCAACACGCCGAGCUUCGGCGAGUAUGUUGACAAGGAGCAGGGAAAUUCUGUGCAGGCGGGAGAGCAGCGCAGUCCGCGAAGAGUGUAUGCCAUCUGGGAGGAAGCUGAGUUGGUGGAUGCGCCAAAGCAGAUUGGGGCGUGACAUGGAGAAAUCUAUUAUUGUCUGCUGUAUUAUAUCUCCAUGCUCUAUCAUGCGCUAACGACGCC